UAUAUAGAGCAUUAGCAAACGCUGAUUUUGUUUAUUAAUUCCAAAGCAGCGGACCGACAAGGAGAUCGACUCUUGAGAUGAAACUAAGAUUCAUUUUGGGUUUUGCCACACUUUUGGCCUUUCAAAACCAUACACAUGCUAAAAAAUAUUAUAAUUUAAUGGGGGAAGACGAAAUGUUGCAUUUACAGGAAAUUUAUAAGCAAAUUGAUCAUCUAACGCAGUUGAACAGAAUCCAGCACAGAAAUGGUCCUGCCUAUGCCUUUGGUUCAAACGACUAUUUAGAUGAAAAACUUCCUGGCGUUAGCUCUCUGAUAGAUAUAUAUAAGAAAUGGGAAUGGAUCUCCAGGCAUUACAAUCAGAUGAGACUAUUUGAGGUGUUUGAGUUUGCAACUAUAACAAUGGAAAGCAUGGCCAUGGCGCAAGUUGCGACAAGGGAAGGUGAGAAUCUCCAAGCCAUGGAAGACAUCAACCUUAUUUUAUUCGGAAAAGAGGAUUUAAUAGGACAUAAAUUACCAUUUUACAAGCAGCUUAGUACGCGCACUUGCAAAACGUCACAGUCACCUCAGCAAUAUCUUUAUUCGCUGUAUGUGGACUACAUCAUACUCGAAUUGAAGGCCCACGCCUUGGUGGAGUGGUCGUGGAUGUACCUUAGGAAACGUGGUCAGAGUGGAUCAACCGAAGAGGAGCUAGCAAAUCGGGGGGCAUACAAGCGAAGAACGCCAGACACUCUGUCAAAGAUCAAGGACUUGAUGAGCCAAGCAGAUCGUACUGUUUGGCGUUGCGAUCCAAAACGGCACUUAUCUGGGAUCACCUAUGAGGAGGUCACCCGCCUAUUGCAGGGUUACGUAGUGAACGAGGUGGACCUAAACAGUGAUGGAACAUGCAGUCGUGACUGUGGCUACUACAAGUCUGCCAAAACCGAGGGUUGUUUCGAUAAUAAGUUCUGCGCCGAGCAGCCAAAAUGCUCUGGUGGGCUGUACGACUGUCGCUAUGUGGAGUCGGAUAUGGAGGUUUGUAAGUCGAGUAUACAAUCCUAUAGGCGUUACGAAUUCAUUCAAUACGAAAGUGGCCUUGUCCACGGAAAAAAGAGUGAAUGUUCCUCAUGGCUGAGUAGUGUAAAAAGUUGGAAUCGCUGGAUUUUCCAAGAAUGUAGCUACUGCCUUUGCCUGUGCGAUGACCAAGUUGUUCCUUCAGGCCGGUACUUCAACCUUCGUCCUGUGAUCGCCGAUGUGGAAAAUAACAGGGUGGUGACGGGUCUGCGUUUUGUAAAGGAAAAUAGUAUUUUCCAUUUGCAAAUUCAGGAGGGCAGGCUUCUGCCCCUUGGAGUCAUUGAGGAGAGCACUGUCCAAUGGAAACCAUUGGAAUCCUAUACUAUAUUCGACAAUAAUAUUAAGAAGAACGUUGAUUUCCAUAUGCUGACCUACGACCAACGAGCAAUUGAUCUGGAUGUGGUAAAAGCGGAUAAAGAUUUGGUUGUUACUGGUCUGCGAUUUCAUGUUGAUGGAACCCACCUUCAGCUGGAGGCUCAAUUCAGCAAAGUGGACUUCCAGAGCGGAUACCUCAUCAAUCCGAAGGAAACCAGCUACUGGAUGAAUGCUGGGAACAAGCAACACAGGGAAAGGAUACCCCUAAUGGACCCCCAAAUACCAUCGAAAUCCUCCUUGGAAUCGAUACCAUUCUCGGGUGACAAUCAGUUUAUUGAGUUCACCAACACUGGCUUUGAACAAGAUGCCGCCCAGAGCACCGUGCCAUUCAUUGACAUCCAGGACGUGGUCUCAGACCCACCAGUUCCGCUCUCCGGAAUCGGGAUUUACUAUAAGGGACGUGAUGGAUAUGGUGGAUUUCUGGCUCCCAAACUCUUCACCUACGACUAUACGCCCUACGUCACGUUACCUACGUGGGAUGAAUCGUAA